UUUUGGAGCUCGUAUUCUUUAGUCAACUAGGUCCUGAAAGUUAUAAGCUAUUAUAAUUCGCUCUUUUUCCCUAGGUAAACUUUUCAAAGUUCUCGGUUCGACAUUAGCUAUUCUAAUAAUAAUUGUCUAAUUGUUUUAAAAUGUGAUACAUGAUUUCGUAGCAAAGAAGUUUAAUAAUGUGUUGGAUGGCAAUCUGUCAGGACCUGGGAGCCUCUUCUUCUUCCGCCCUGGCAGGGUAUCCGCAGAGGAUUUAUUGCCGUCAUGUCGGCUGCGAUUGCGGCUCUGGCCGCUUCCUAUGGUUCGGGUUCAGGGUCCGAAUCGGACUCGGACAGUGAGAGCAGUCGGUGUCCGCUGCCAGGCGCCGACUCUCUCAUGCAUUUGACUAAAUCUCCCUCGGCCAAGCCGUCUCUAGCAGUGGCGGUGGACUCGGCUCCGGAGGUGGCAGUUAAGGAAGAUUUGGAGACUGGAGUUCACCUUGACCCUGCUGUCAAGGAAGUUCAGUAUAACCCUACCUACGAGACCAUGUUUGCUCCUGAGUUUGGACCAGAAAAUCCCUUUAGGACACAGCAAAUGGCCGCCCCUAGAAAUAUGCUUUCUGGAUAUGCUGAACCAGCUCAUAUCAAUGAUUUCAUGUUUGAGCAGCAAAGGAGAACUUUUGCAACAUAUGGUUAUGCAUUAGACCCGUCAUUAGAUAAUCAUCAAGUGUCUGCUAAAUAUAUUGGUUCUGUAGAAGAAGCUGAAAAAAAUCAAGGUUUGACUGUAUUUGAAACUGGUCAGAAGAAAACAGAAAAGAGGAAAAAGUUCAAAGAAAAUGAUGCAUCCAAUAUUGAUGGUUUCUUGGGACCAUGGGCAAAAUACGUGGAUGAAAAAGAUGUAGCCAAACCUUCAGAAGAAGAACAAAAAGAAUUGGAUGAAAUCACAGCAAAGAGGCAGAAAAAAGGAAAACAGGAAGAAGAGAAACCUGGGGAGGAGAAGACAAUCUUACAUGUUAAAGAAAUGUAUGACUAUCAGGGCAGGUCCUAUCUUCACAUACCUCAGGACGUUGGUGUUAAUCUGCGGUCCACUAUGCCACCUGAGAAGUGUUAUCUUCCCAAAAAACAAAUUCAUGUGUGGUCUGGACACACAAAAGGCGUCAGUGCAGUCAGAUUGUUUCCUCUCUCUGGCCAUUUAUUGCUGUCUUGUUCCAUGGACUGUAAGAUUAAGCUAUGGGAGGUUUAUGGAGACCGGCGCUGUCUGAGAACAUUUAUUGGUCACAGUAAAGCUGUUAGGGACAUCUGCUUCAAUACUGCAGGAACACAGUUCCUCAGUGCAGCCUAUGACAGGUAUCUUAAGCUGUGGGACACUGAGACAGGACAGUGUAUAUCAAGAUUUACAAACCGAAAAGUACCUUAUUGUGUCAAAUUCAAUCCUGAUGAAGACAAGCAAAAUCUCUUUGUGGCUGGGAUGUCUGAUAAGAAGAUUGUGCAAUGGGACAUUCGAAGUGGAGAAAUUGUGCAAGAAUAUGAUCGGCAUUUGGGAGCUGUCAACACCAUUGUUUUUGUGGAUGAGAAUAGGAGAUUUGUGAGCACAUCUGAUGAUAAAAGCCUAAGAGUUUGGGAAUGGGAUAUCCCUGUGGAUUUCAAGUAUAUAGCAGAACCCAGUAUGCACUCAAUGCCUGCAGUGACUUUGUCUCCAAAUGGAAAAUGGCUAGCAUGCCAAUCAAUGGACAACCAAAUCUUAAUUUUCGGAGCACAGAACAGAUUUAGAUUAAAUAAGAAAAAAAUUUUUAAGGGCCAUAUGGUAGCAGGCUACGCUUGUCAGGUGGACUUUUCACCAGACAUGAGUUAUGUGAUUUCAGGAGAUGGAAAUGGAAAAUUGAACAUUUGGGACUGGAAGACCACAAAACUCUACAGUCGGUUUAAAGCUCAUGAUAAAGUGUGUAUAGGUGCAGUGUGGCAUCCUCAUGAAACAUCUAAGGUCAUAACAUGUGGUUGGGAUGGUCUCAUUAAAUUGUGGGAUUAAUGAGGUUAAUCCUUAAACUAUCUAGGAUCAUUUUUGAUCCAUUGUCAUAUUUAACUAAAUUAUUAAAUGUAUCAGAUGAUAACUUGAUUUACAGAUGUUUUCCUUACAUGCCUGAUGACAUUAACCCAUUGUUUAAAAAAAAAACAACUCUAAAUUUGACACAAUUUCAUUUGCAACUUGAUUUUGUUCUUCAUAAAUGUUAUUUAUAUAGAAAAUGGCUAUUGACUUUCUAUUUGACAAGUAGUUAUAAUUGGCAGGCAGUUUGAGUUUAUACUCAUGACAUACUGAAAGCAUCCCUUUGGGGUCAGGAAAGAAUCCCUAGUGGAUUUGGGAUUCUAGAGGAGGUGAUGUAAUUAAUUAUUCAGAAAAAUACCAUAUAUUUACCUCUUCAACCAAAAGGGCGAUAAAGAAUAGGGAUAAGGUAAUGUAAAUUUUGAAGAAGGAUAAAACCACCCACAGUUACUUUCCCCAUUAUUUUCAUAGGGUCAAGUUCUGAUCUUUUGGCUUCAUGAGUUCCACUCCCUCUGAUGACAUAUGUUGUAUAUUUUUAGUUGUAAAGCAGUAAUCUUUAACUGCGGCAUUCCUCUAAUUAUAAACAAUGUAAAAUAAAAAUCAGUCCAGAGUUCUUUCAUUGACUUAAGUCCUGAUCAGUAUAGACAGGACUAUAUAUAUUUAAUCAGAGAAUUACAUUAUAUCUGAAGAUGGAACUCAGGAGGAUGCACCAAGACUUUGAAUUUUAUUUGUAUUCACUGUCAGUAAAGACCUGGCUACACUUUCGGAAAUCAGGAUCUCCAAGGUCAUUGCUUCUUGAUGUAAUUACUGAAAUCCUCCUCAUAGGAGAUAAGGUAUGAGGGGUAGAGUCCAAGAUGUCAACAUGUAAUUUCUUUGAAGUCCUAUGUCUUAUCUUUAAAAUUACUCUGAUUUUACCUGUGAAUAUAUACAACAGGACUUUUUAAGAUUAAAAAAAUUUUAAACCUCUUUAUGUGUCUGGAAAAAAAAAAAAGAAAAUCACACUCCAGGAAGAUGGCUAAGGUUCCCCAGUUU